GGGCAACAGCCUUGUGAGAAUGAGGCGUGUUUUGUGAGCUGAGCAGGGCGUUCCUCGUGUUGUUUUGAAGUUGAAGGUGAUAUCGACCUGUUUACCCCCUGUGAUACCGUUUCUAGCAUGCGUUUGAGAAGGUUCUCCUCAAAGAUGCUGUGAACCUUCGGAGUGAGGAGUUUUUGAAGGUCAGCUAGGCAAUGGUAAGCACUUGAGAGACUCCUGAACAGCUAGGGCGUACGGCGUACUGGUAGUUGCAGGGCAAUGUGUAUGUGGUACACUGGUGGUCUGGGAGUAGGACAUCAUCGUAAAUGAGGGAGUACUCCUGGCUGACAAGCAUCGUUGUGCUGCUAUGCCCGCUGUCCUGAGCUCAGAUGCUGGAUCACAACACCCAUUUCAAGUAUGGCCGCUUAGGAAGGUGAAGGUUAAGGAGUACAAGCAUUGCAGACGGUAGAUCCAGAAGGGUUUUUAAGGUUAUACCAGGUCAGCAGGUCCCCGGCUAGGAAGCUCAUCAGGUGCUUAUUUUCAGCUGGUCGCAAUGUUUCAGAGGAGCACUUUCUGAGGUUUGGGGAGAUGUUUUUUCGUCGAGAUGGCCCUGUCGGGGGUCACCGCGCCCCCUCAGAGGCCAAGGAUGUUACAUCAGAGCUCGAUCCGGAAGGGUCUCCUAGGGAGCGGCCAGAGAGGAAGAAGGUCUCAAGCGUGCUUUUUGUUCGCUCCGCAAUUAUGGCGAUGCUGGCUAUCUUCCUGGCGGCCGUUGCGCUCGUCGCUUUCUUCUUGGCAAAGGACAGCCUUACCAGCCAGGUGGACCGGUUAGGCUCCCUGGUUAGGAGCGGUAUUCUUAACCGCACCGUGGAGCGGCUCAACGUGCAACUAGACGAGGGGGGCCGCUGUGUGACCACGCUUGAGACGGUCCUCGUCAGCGUCUGGACUCAGCAGAAUGUCAGCACGCAGCUCCAGAAGUUGCAAGCAGACGCAUCUGCCUGGUUCUCACUCGGCGGCUGUGGCGCCAUUUCUGGUACGGGGUGGAUCAGGCCCGACGGUACCUACUCCUUCUACCAAGCCCUGCUCGAUGACUCCAACGUGGAAGCCACUACCUCCAACAUUACCCAAUACACGUCCGUCAACGCAUCGAUCCCCGUCUCCGGGGAAUUCACGUCUUACCGCCAGCUGUUAAACGCCACUACCCAAGCCCCCCUGAGCGCCGCAGUGCAGACUUCUCCCCCCAUUGACAUGCGUGAUUACCCAUGGUACAUCCAAGCGCGAGACUCUACCGACAGGAUGGCGUACGUCGUGUUUGUGAACCCGAACGGGCGCCCGGCGCUCAUUCAAAGUCGGCGGGUGUUGGAUCGCUUCGGCAACUUUCUGGGGGAGGCGUUUGUGAUGCAGUAUCUGAGCGACCUCAGCACGUAUCUGGCGGCCAUUCCGCUGGGGGGUGGCUAUCUCUACGUCACCAACAAAUCAAUCAUGUUGGCGGACUCUUUUGGCAUCCCGAUCUUGUUGCAGCAGGACAACUCCACCCUCAAUUCCUUAGCCCCGUCCCAAAGUAAAGUUGCCCCAGUGCGCGAUGCCGCGAACUUUUUGACGGCAAAGCUGGGGACGUCUCCUGGAAACGUGUCGGCUGCAUUCAAGGACGUUCAUCUCGGAGGGGGUACUUACUCCCUGGACGUGUUGACCUUCACAUACAAAACCCUAACCUUGCGGGCAGUAGUCAUCAUCCCUCGAUCGCUAAUCAUGGGUUCUAUCGACCGGAAAACGCGCAUCGCGAUUGCGAUUAUCGUGGGGGUAACGGUGGGGAUAACCUUGAUCGGGUUUGGGUUAGUGUGCCUGUUUACGGGGCGGGUUAGCCGGGAGUUCCAACUGCGGUUAGCGCUGGUGCAGCAGCUGAAUGCGCGGAAGCAGGCGGAGGCGCGCAGCGAGACCAAGAGCAGGUUCCUGGCAAACAUGAGUCACGAGCUGCGCACGCCAAUGGCGGGCAUCAUUGGGCUGCUGGACAUUCUGCUGGCGGACGAGUUGACGGUGGAGCAAGAGCUGAACCUGAUCCAGAUCAAGCAGUGCGCGACGUCCCUUCUGGGGCUUCUGAACGACGUACUUGAUCUGGAAAAGAUUGAGGCGGGUAAAAUGACGCUGGCUUCGGAGGAGUUUGACCUGGGGGCGGAACUCGAGUCCCUAGUGGAUUUGUUUGCCGUACAGUGCUUGGGGAAAGGGAUUGAAAUCGGUCUGGACCUUCCAGACUCGGUGGAGUGCACGGUGCGGGGUGACUCGGCACGUGUGCGGCAGAUCUUCUCCAACCUCAUCAGCAACUCGAUCAAGUUCACGAAGACCGGGCAUCUGGUCGUCCGGUGUUGGGAGGAGCCGGUUGACGCCCCUGUCGAGGAGCCGGUGCAAUCCAAAGGGAGCGCAACUACCACUCCUCAACACAGCGGUUCGUUCCGGAGGGACUCUGCUGGCGAGCCCCGUCGUGUGCGCCUCUUCUUUGAAGUGGAAGACACGGGCACUGGGAUUCCUUUCGACAAGCGCGAGUCCGUCUUUGAGUCCUUCGUCCAAGCCGACCCCAGUUCCACCCGGCUGUACGGCGGCUCGGGUUUGGGGCUCGGUAUCACGCGCUCGCUCGUGCAAAUGAUGGGGGGAAAGAUCGCCAUCUUAGAUAAGAACGGCCCCGGCACUCUGAUCCGCUUCGAUCUAGUUUUCGAGGCCCCCCGCAAGUCCAACAGCUCAUGCACCAGCUUCCGCCUGAGCCCCGAGCACGCGCUGCUGACGAUUGACUUGCCGACAGCUGGCAGCGCCGGAGAAACGGCGUGCGACGACGGGAAGGGCGGGGACGGCUUUUUCGGUGGACGGGGGAAGCGCAAGCAACGGCUUCAGAGCCCGGGGGACGAGGCCUGGUUAGAGAGGGGGUUUGGCUCCGACCCGACCAGCCCGCGGGCUGUAGAAGCGGGGUUAGCAUUUAACCCGUCGAGUCCUGGGGAUAGUGAGCGCGGGCGGUCUAGGCUGAGGAGCUUUGACGCGCAGCUAGGGCUUCUGUCGAGGAGCGCAGGGGGGGCGCAGAAAAGCGGGGGGGUCAUGCCCCCCCAUCCGCUGGUUCGGACGCUAUCCGCGAUUGAGCCUUUGCGGCCAACAGCUGGCGGCGCGUUGAAGGUGCCAGAUGUCAGAACAGACGAGCGACAGCUGGCGCCCAUUGUCUCGGGGCUAGAGGGCAUUUCCGGCGGCGCUGCGGUUGCGGAGGCCGUUUCCAUCGUGCGGCGCUCAGUCGUGUUGGGGAUUCCGGGCGCUUUGGGGCGGGGAUUGGCGAAAGCGUGGUUGGAAAAGAACGGGUAUGCUACCGUGGAGUGCGAGGACUGGAGCGCCGCGUUUGCGUUCCUCAAGCGGACGGUCUUUUCAGAACCGUUAGAAGUCCCCUCCGCAGGGGCUCUGCAGCAGGGGAUGUCGAAUCCUUUAGAGGGCCCAGAGCGUCCGGACGAGCUGCUCGUGAUUCUAGACAUCGACCUGCUGAAGAACGCAGAGAACAGUCCUCCGGGGCAGUCCCCCAGCGCUAAGCUGACUGGCCUGAAGGAACUCUUGUAUUUCAAUCAAAGGGCGAGGGUCGACUGGGCGGCAAAUCAGGCGGAGGCGAACGAGGAGCGGCGGAAAAGCGAGCCGGUUAAGAUCGCGGUGGGCUGGCUCAUCGAGACGACCACCCCAAGCGCGAUGCGGCACUUUCUGUCCAGAACAGGGUUCCCGAUCAAAGUCGGCAAACCGCUCUACCCCACCCGCCUUCAGAAGCUGGUGAAGAUGCUUAACGACGCCCUCGCCGAGCCGCCAACUCUGAAUGUAACGUCACCAGGCGAAUACCCGGCGGCGUUCCCCCCCCUGGACGUGCGCUCCCCACCUGUGGGCGACGGGCGCACUCCCUCGACGGACUUCUUCCGCAUGGGGGGGUCAAUCCAGGGGCGAACCCUCCCCCUGGAGGUGCAGGCGGACCUGGCGAAGCACCAGAUUGACGGGGCCCUUUCGUGGAGCUUUUUUGACAACCGCGGCGCGCGCGCGCCCAUCCCCGCCAAACCCUCAAACCCCGAGUCCGAGCCGCAGAGUUGGAGCACCUCUCCCUCGGGAACCAUGACCAGCUCCGGGGCCAAGGACGCGAGCUCCUCGGUAGCAGAGUCUCCUUCCGGGGGGCUGGAACCGGGGGGGUUCGCUCCCCCCGAGAGGACCAUAAGCCUCAGCAUCGACAUCCCCGAGUUUUCGCCGCCGUUCACGCCGCACAGGAAAGAGAGCGAAACGAGCCCGGACUCGAACUUUGCGUUUUACCUGGAGGGUGAACCGUCGCCCCUCAGUGCGACCGAGGCAUUCCCGGCUGCCCCGUCGGACGACUCAAACCCGUCCUCUGCGGUGGGAAGCGGGCCUCUGAACCAGUUCUCGGUGCUCGGGAGCCUCAAUAAGUCGUCCAGCUUCGCGUCUUCGUCCUCGUACGACACUCUCCUGCGCUCGCAAUCCUCCGGCGUCAGCAGCCAGAGCAGUGCUGACGAGUACCCCCGCGGCUUCCGGGGCCUCACCCGGGGGGCUAUGUCCGAUAAGCUAUCCCCUACCGACAGGCUCCCGGGCCCGACCGUCCGGGAGUCGAUCAGCGAGCUGGAGGACCCGAAGUUCGCCCGCUCUAGUUCCCCCUCGCCCGAGAUCAGCCCGGUGACGCCCAUCGUGACGUCAGCGUUCUCGUCCCCGUCCCUGGUGACUGCCUUACGGCAGAGCGGCUCUUCGUCGUCGCUGGCUCCUGCAAAGGAGAGCCCCGGGGGCGAGAGCGCCAAGAGUUUCGACGGUUCGGGGGGGUCUCCGCAGCUCGGGGAGACGGGGGGUGCGCCGAAGUUGUUAGAGAUGCGGACUUCGAGCGGGCCGCUAGGGGGUGCGGUUGAGCAGAAGGCGAACCCAGUGCAUAGGCGUUCUGCCAGCGCGCAGAACCCCGACCCGGGCGCCAAGUCCAGCCCCGAGCAGGCGACGCCAAAAGCGACGGCCCGCAAGAGCCCGCCGAUCCUGCCGCUCUCGGCGAAGGCGCUCCAGGGUCUCCACAUUCUAGUUGCUGAAGACACGCCCGUCCUACAGCGGUUAGCGGUGACGCUGCUGACGAAACUAGGCGCGGAGGUGGUUGCGGUCGACAACGGCAGGCUCGCCGUCGAGGCCGUCGCGAGAAGCAUGCCACGUGGAAGCGAACGGUUGAAAACGUUGGGCCUUGUCGCUUUGGGGAGGCAAGACGAGAAUCCGGGGUCGGAAAUCCCCCCGAGAAUUGUUGGGGUCGGGAGCGACUGGUCGGGGGAAAGCGAACGGAGUCUCCCUGAGGCGUCGGGGACCGAGAUUGAGGAGACGGGGGGAAAGGCCCGGGCGUUUGAUUGCUUACUUAUGGACUGCCAGAUGCCGCAAAUGGACGGAUACGAUGCUACGAAGGCGAUCCGACGGCUGGAGACGGGGACGGGGCGCCAUCUUCCCAUCCUGGCCCUCACUGCGCAUGCAAUGGUCGAGGACGAGCAGAAAUGCUUAGCUGCAGGGAUGGACAGCUACCUCACAAAGCCUAUUAAUACGAAACUUCUCGUGUCGACUAUAAAGAAGGUGAUAGGCGUUGGCAGGGUUGAGCGCUUGCCGAGGUAGUCAUCAGACCGCGGGCGCAGGAUACUACGUAUUGCGAAGUUGCGACGCACAUACAGAGCAAAGCGGAGUCUGGCCCUAAGCUAUACGCACAGCUCGGUGCAAUAGAAGAGCUUGGGAGCGUGACGCUUCAGUCCUAGGUGCUUGUAUUUAAUCCACCGAAAGGUGUCGUGCGAUGGGGGACAGGAGAAAAGUGAGUCAAAAGUUGCAAUUUUGGUCAAAGUUUGGAGAAACGUUUGAACGAUAAGUUACGGCUUGGGCGCUCGCCGGCAGUGAGGGCAGGGAUAGGUUUUCAGAAGUCGUUGUCAAGAGAGAAGAGUUUUAGCACGCUUUGCACCGGCACGCUUAGGAAAAUGCUUUCUAGCAACAGGUUUGGAGCUUUGAAUCGCGGACACCGUCUAGGGGGUGAAAUGGCAAUUGUAGUUCACGACAUUAAGUUCGCAUGAAAUCUUCCUCAAUCUUAUAAGACGGUUCAACGGUUUGAUCCGGUUGUGACCAUACAUACUAAUGCAGCAGAGAG